GAUCGUCAUCACAAACGACUCAACGCGACACAGAAUCUCAAUCACGUUAGUGCAGCUCUCCUAGGAAACACUGCCAGCUGUCGAAUUUGACAAGACGUUCGGUGCUAUGUGUCACUAGUACCGGUUAGAUUAGUUGCGAGUCUUCUUUGAAUACUGCUAUAUGUAGGAUAAGUUGUGACCACUUCCUCUCUACCGCCAUGCCGGAUUCCCUCUCCAAAUCUCCAGCUGACGAUAUAAGAGCUCUUGUAGAUGAAGGCUCGAAAGCUCCAGCGGGCUUUCUGGCCAGUGUGCCGGUGCAUGUGGACACACCGCCAAGCUUCUAUUCCAACCGGGAAAUAUGGUUCAUUGUCAGCCUUAUAUCUCUUGCUGUUUUACAAGCCCGCUCCCGACUAUGGUUUACUUUCCUGCUAUCCCUACUUUGACGCAGGUUUUUCAUGAAACUGCUGAAAGUAUUAAUCUCACUCUCACGGUCUUUUUGGUUCCUAUGGCCUUGUUUGGUAAACCCCCCCUGUUGUGUGACUCGCUGUCUGACAAGUGGGGUCGGAGACCUUGGAUACUCGCAAGUUUCAUCAUCUUGAUUGCAAGUUCUGUGGGCCUUGCCCUCGUACCAACAAAUACAUUCUGGCUAUUGAUACUUCUCCGAUUCGUUCAAUCUGCCGGAUGUUCCGGAAUUUUCGCUCUAGGUGCCGGUAUUAUAGCAGAUAUCACUGUCCGUGAAAAUCGUGGCGGCUUCUUUGGGGUGUUUAUUACAAGUUAUAUGGUCGGCCCUUGUGUCGGCCCUGUAAUCGGUGGCUUCCUUGCACAAUAUCUGGGCUGGAGGUCCAUAUUCUGGUUUCUGGCAAUCUCUUCGACCGUAUCUGUUGUCUUGAUACUUGUUUUUCUCCCAGAAACUCUACCUUGCAUAGUUUGGGAUGGGCACCUUUCGCAACUAUUCGUUUAUCGACCUUGGAUUAACGUAUUCAAAGGCAAGACACAGGAGGGCUUGUCACCUGUUGAUAUACCGUCUCCAAAACACUCUACAAUCCAUUUCGGCUGCUUAUAUACCCGGAUGUGCUCAUUGGCCUUUUCUUCGGAGGUUUACCAUUUGCCAUACAAUAUAGCAUUUCAGGAACGUUGGCAAGCGCAUACUAAUCUCACUAUCCGUUUCUCAAUGGUGGCAAUGUUGGUCUCUGCUAUCUGGCAAGUGGAACAGGAUUGCUCAUUGCCGCAUUUUCAAACGGAAAACUACUCGAUUUUGAUUAUCGUCGAGCUCGCGAGAAACUUACACGCGAAGCUGAGGAGAAGGGCAUGCCAGAGCAAAGUACCUAUAAUAGCGAGAAUUUUCCACUGGAAUAUGUGCGACUCCAGAGGACUCCCUAUCUCAUUGUCAUGUAUUUGGCGUGCUUGAUAAGUCGGAGAUGGUGCAUCGAAAAGUCAGUGUUUAUCGCAGGUCCCCUAGCGCUCCAAGUUGGCCUCGAUUUCGCCUCUACAUCUAUCAUGAAUACGACGAUGACGCUCAUGAUAGAU